AUGGCAGCUGAUGACGAUCAGGGAAGAUUCCAAGCCAAAAUCCUGGAUAUGGCUAAUGGAUCCUUUUUAUGGUUAUCCCUCGUAAUUCGGGAGCUCGAGACCACAUUCUCCGCAGAAAGCGCAGAAAAGGUUAUCAGUGAAACGCCUAGAGAGAUGCACAAUGUCUACAAGCGAAUCUUACAAAACAUACCGGCCCAGAGCCAUGAUUUGGUUCGGUCCAUCCUUACCUGGACGUCGCUGGCAUUGAGGCCGCUUUCCGUAGAAGAGUUGAAGCAUGCCAUUAAGAUCGACACCGGUGAAACAGUUCACAGAUUGGAAGAUGCUAUCAACACCAAUUGUGGGCAACUCAUUAAAGUUGGCCGAGGAAAUGAAGUUCAAUGUGUUCACCAAACUGCUCGAGCAUUCUUGUUGGAGCAGGAAGAAAUUUCAGCCUUUGUCAUACACAGGCCUACAAGCCAAUUGCGGAUCGCAGAGCUCUGCCUAAAGGCAUUAAGCAACUUCAUCGACAAUGCGCCCGGCACACGAGGAUCAGACGCACGUUCUCUGCCUAUCACUGCAGAGAGCAACAUUGCUGACUAUGCCGCAAUUUAUUUUUCUGACCAUCUGAAUGAUUGCGCUAGAGGAGACCCCAACAUAUGGGAUUCACUCCUGAAGUUUAUGGAGUGUACUGCAUUACCCUGGAUUCAGUACCUCGCUGAGACAAGGAGACUACAGUAUGUCACGCACACCGCAAGGAACAUGGCCUCAUAUUUGGCAUGCAACAGUGAAAAGUUGCCUAUACCAAACGAAAAAAAGAAGCAGCUACGGAAGUGGAUACACGACUUGCUAAGAGUGAAUGCCAGAUUCCGGGUAGCCUUGGACACUUGCCCUUCAGCAAUUCAUACAGUCAUUCCAUCACUCUGCCCCUCGGAGUCAAUGAUAUCAAGACAAUACACCUUGCGUCCUCGUGGCAUCAUACUCAAAAGCCUUGAAGUUGAUGGCUGGAAUGAAUGCAUUUCUCGAAUUGAUUAUGGUACCUCACGGACGACUGCAAUCGCCCAUGGGAAUUUCCACUUUGCUGUUUCAUUGUCCGAUGGAAGUAUCACUCUUUAUCUUUGGGAAUCACUGGAAAAGAAGGCCAUUUUCACCCACGAAGAGCGAGUGGCAAUACUCAAAUUUAGUGAUGAUGACCAGUACUUGGCCUCCAGUGGCCGGCGCAACAUCAAAGUCUGGGAUCUGCAGACAUUAAGACAAGUGCGAACUUAUGAUGUCCCGCACCAACCUCUUACCGUCACAUUUCAUGAAAAUAGCAGUGUUUUACUGGCCGCUACUCGAGGAAAUUACAUAACUACUUGGAUUCUUGACGACGAAAAAAACUCGGGAGACACUCUUCCAUGGACCCAGCGAUUUCAAGAAGUGACAGGACAGACCAAACCAACUCAACCCCCAGCAAUGGCUCUCUUGGCAAAUGACGGCUCUUAUCUUGCAGUCAGCUACAAAGGCCGACCGGUAUAUGUGUUUGAGAUGACGACAUCGUCUCUUGUUCAAGCCUGUUACAGAAACAGUAAUAUGGCCAUAGAAUACACCGUUGAUGGCAUGGUAUUCAACCGAAACCGCAAUGUCCUGGUGGUCUCAUAUGGCGAUGGAGAGCUUGUUGUCUAUGACCUAUAUUCUGCUGCGUUAUGCUACCGCAGGCAGGAUGUCUAUGCUCAUACUCUCACCUGUUUCCCAGAUGGUCGCAUCCUUCUCACUGGCAGCUCUCGUGGCACUUUGAAUGUCUUUGAGUUUACCGGGGCUCAAGGGACAAGCCUAGCACUCACACAUAGAAUCGAUUCGUCCGAAGACGGUAUCCGUGGGGUUUCAUUCAGUGCCGACAGCCUGCGAUUCGCUGAUAUCCGUGGUACUCAGUGCCGAGUAUGGGGACCGGAAGCUUUGAUUGGGGGAGAGUACGAAGAUGAUAGUGAAAGCGACUUCAGUCAAGCAAGGACCCUUGAGACUACUUCAAAUCAUAUGGAACGAGCCGCGGACGUUCAAAUAACAGCAAUCUGCCCUCACCCAGAUGGAAGGUACCUCUUCUGUGGAAAGGAAGAUGGAUCCGUCAUGUGCUUCGACGGACAAACCAUGCAACAGAAAGAAGUGUGUCGGCACGCUCUGGGUACUAUGAUAACCUGCGUGGGAUACUGCAGAAGAGGCGGGCUCCUCGUCACAGCAGACGAGUCCAGUCGCAUCCUCGUGUCCAAAAUAGAGCCCAACGCGGAUGGAGAUGGGAUAUUUACUACUGUGAACGAAAUACGAUCCGGGGAGCCUGUAUUGGAUUUGCUGUUCAACACGAGCGGAACAAAGGUCCUGAUUGAGGGAAGACACUGGGUCAAGGUGUGGACGUUGUCUGGAGACCAGAUUGACUUUCGUCUCUGUCUAGAUGACUUUAGCCAUGACCACGAAAUUCUUCAGCACCCUCAGCUUCCAGACUCUUUCUUGGUUAUAGGUGCCGGUCAAGCCUAUGUGUACAUGUGGGACCGUCCUGAAGAGACGACGGGUGAAAAGUGUCUGAAGGAAAAGCCACCCAAUGAUGAUAGAAAUGAUGAAAUAGCUUCACGGCUUGACGCCUUGAAUAAAACUGGAAGACCAAUGAGUGCUGGGAAAUUCGUUGCUACGAUUGGCGAAAAACAUGCAUAUAAGAAGGCUCCACAUUCCAACUUGAGAGUCUGGAAAGCAACUGAACUCCACCCGGACAACAAAUGGCCCAAUGAAUAUCCUCUUCCAGACUUCGAGAAUAUAUCCAGCAGAAUACAUCAAAUUAUCGGCGUCUGUGGGGGCCUAUUUCUGUUUGUGGAUGGCGAUUUCUGGGUUUGUACUGUUGAUCUGGCUCAAUGGAUUACCAACAGGCAGGGCGCAUGGCGGCAUUUCUUACUUUUAUCAGAGUGGAGAGGAAGCAACGCAAACUUUCUUAUUGAGUACCUACCCGCCACCCGCGACUUUAUGGUCGUACAGAGGCAUAACGUGCUUGUUAUCAAGCGCGGGCUCAAUGUUGCGGUGCCGUUGGAGUGGCCUGCAGCACUUGGUAGCGUUACCUCGGAAUAA